GGUAGAUCUGGAUCCAGAGCCAGACUCCAGGGUGGAGGUAGGAGGUCAGGCCCGGCCCAGCUCGGGCAGAGAUCAUGGCAACCUCUCCCGGCUCCGUAGCUCCUCGCUGGAGAUCAAAGAGAAAGAAAUCCGAGAAAAGGGCUCAGAGAUCCUUAGGGAACAGCUGGACGCUGCAAAGAAGGAACUGAAACUAAAGGACAGAGAGUGUGAGCGUCUUGCUCAGGUCAGAAUUCAGCUGGAGCAGGAGCUGGAGGAGCUGACAGCCAGUCUGUUUGAGGAAGCUCACAAGAUGGUGAAUGAAGCGAAUGUCAAACAAGCUGGAGCAGAGAAGCAGUUAAAGGAGGCUCAGGGAAAGAUUGAUGUUCUACAAGCAGAGGUGACGGCGCUUAAGACUCUGGUAUUGACGUCCACACCUUCUUCACCGAACCGCCAACUGCAUCCACAGCUGCAGUCUCCAGGAACCAGGGGAGCCCACAAACAUGUUGGCGGUCACAUCCGUAACAAGAGCGCGAGCGGCGCGUUUCCACCUUCGUCUGGAAAACCAGAACCUUCCUCAGUUUCCAUUCCGCAUGCGACCAAAGAGGACCGAGAGAUGGACUCAAUUCUGUACGCCGAGUUCUUGAUGUGGAAGGAAAAGUCAAGUCUAGACCGUUCCUCUGCCUUCUUGAGUCGCAUCUACAGAGAGGACAUCGGACCCUGCCUCUCCUUCACAAGAUCUGAGCUGUCGCAGCUUGUGCAGAGUGCAGUGGAAAACAACUUGCUGACCAUCGAGCCUGUGGCCAUGUCAGCGUUACCGAUGGUGAAAGCCUCAGCUGUUGAGUGUGGAGGCCCUAAAAAAUGUGCGUUGAGUGGCAUGUCGCGCCUGUGCCGACACCGCAUUAAACUUGGAGACAAGGGGAGCUACUAUUACAUUUCCCCUUCCAGUCGAGCACGGAUCACGGCUGUUUGCAAUUUCUUUACUUAUAUCCGCUACAUCCAGCAGGGCUUGGUGAGACAUGACGCGGAGCAGAUGUUCUGGGAGGUGAUGCGUCUCCGUAGAGAGAUGACUGUGGCAAAGUUAGGUUUCUACCCCACAGACCAGGGCUAGAGGACACUGAUCAUUCCACUAAAACACCAUGCAAGACUUGUGAGCCUGUGUUUAACUGGUAACAAGCAGGUCGAGGAUCAUUUUUCGCCGCAGAGGUUGUAGAGAGCAGGAGAGGCCAAUCAACAAGGGAAGCAGACAAUGUUGUGUACCACUAUUAUGCAAUAAGACAAAGAAUGUAACCAGCACAGACUAUAGUUCAGCCCUUGUGUGAGCUUCUGCCAAUGAAAGGAGAAUUGUUUCUGCUUUGGAGUUCCUACAACUUGUCGAGGUUAAAAACAGAUUCUGUGUAUCAUUUUACCAGGCAAAAAUGAGCACAAUGAAAAGUUGAAGCAGUGCAGAGUUUCUUACCUCAAAUAUUACAUAUUUUAAGAAUUAUGUAAUGCAUUGAUUGUUGUUAUUCAUGUGGCUUCCUCAGAAUAAUUAAUGGAUGUGUUUUUUUUUUAAAUUUUACACUAAUGCUCAGUAACAUUACGUAGUUACUUUUUUGACUUGACUUUUUGUCUCAGCAUGGCCUUAACAUCGUUGAUGCAUUGUUGCACUUCCUCUUCUAGAUGCCUUGUAAAAAAAACAAAAAAUGAAACCGAUGCAGCCUCUCGCAAGAAACCGCUUCACGUUAGCCCGACCUGUGCUUAAUAAUCGGAUGUAUGAUUAAUGAAAUGGUAAUGACACCACACCUCCCUGUUCAAUAUGGUUUCACAGUAAGUCAGAAAAAGAACAAGCUUUAACACAAGUGAUGCAAUACACACAACAGUUGCCAUUGUAUUUUUGCAUGUCUGCAGAACAGUAUGUAUUUACAAUAAAAGCCAUAAAUGACUUUGCAUGAAUGCAGUAAAUAGCCAUAAUUAUGCAAUGUAUUUUGAUUGUACCUCAUAGUGUAGAUUAAUUACAGACCCCCCCCCCCCCCCCCCCCCCCCCCACAAACAGUUUCUUGAAGGUAAAAAUGAAGGCUUUACAGAAAGUGCAAUAUCUGCUUCUUAGCCCUCUUUUUUGGGGCCUUGGGGAUCCUGACCCCAGAGUACUGGUGAAUAAAUGUGUCUCUGGUGUAAACACUCCAUUAAAGAC